UGCCUCGCUCCCCCCCAAAGAAUGUCAGCCAAGUCCAAGGGGACCCCCUCCUCGUCCUCUCCAGCCGAGGGGCCGCCCGCAGCCUCCAAAACCAAGGUGAAAGAACAGAUCAAGAUCAUCGUGGAGGAUCUGGAAUUAGUCCUGGGCGACCUGAAGGACGUCGCCAAGGAACUUAAGGAGGUGGUUGACCAGAUUGAUACCCUGACCUCUGACCUACAGCUGGAGGAUGAGAUGACUGACAGCUCCAAAACGGACACCCUAAACAGUAGCUCAAGUGGCACAACAGCUUCCAGCAUAGAGAAGAUCAAGUUGAAGGCCAAUGCACCUCUCAUUAAACCCCCAGCAAACCCAUCUGCUAUCCUCACAGUCCUGAGAAAGCCAAACCCACCACCACCUCCCCCACGGUUGACACCUGUGAAGUAUGAAGACCCGCAAAGAGUGCUACCAACUGUCAAUCCUGUACGGACCAAUGGCACCCUUCUACGAAAUGGAGGCUUACCUGGUGGACCAAACAAAAUCCCAAAUGGAGACAUCUGCUGCAUACCCAACAGUAACUUGGACAAGGCUCCAGUUCAGCCUCUGAGGCAUAAACCUGAAAAAGACAGGUGUCCCCAGGCAGGGCCUCGGGAAAGAGUACGCUUUAAUGAAAAAGUGCAGUACCAUGGCUACUGUCCUGACUGUGAUACUCGGUAUAACAUAAACAAUAGGGAGGUCCACUUACACAGUGAAACUGUCCACCCACCAGGAAAGCUUCCUCACCAAGGCCUUCCCCUCCCUCCUCCACCCCCUCUCCCUCCUUUUCCACUAGAAAAUGGGGGACUGGGGAUAAGCCACAGUAACAGCUUCCCCCCUCCCAGACCUGCAACUGUGCCUCCUCCCACUGCACCCAAACCACAGAAGACGAUCUUGAGGAAAUCAACCACUACAACAGUGUGAUGUAUGCCAUUAAAAAAUUAAAUAACAACUUCUUAAUUUCCAUAUUAUAAACAUAAAAUAAUAAGUAAUGAGCACUUUCUACUCAAGCAAUAAAAGCCCAAAUAUAUUAAUUCUGCAUUCAGAAAAGUGGCAUAAAAUCACCUGGUAAGUAUGCAGUACAUUGUUUAUAUCCUGAGUAUGCAGUAUUUUAAGUGUUUUAUCAUCAAAACUCAGUGAAUAAUGAAGAAAUGACUACAUUAUUCUUGCCAUUGACCUUUGACAAACUGUGAUCUACAGAUUUAAAGUAAAUUGAUUUACUCUAAAAGAUGGGAUUUGAUUCACUUUAUUCAUGUUAACUCAUCUAUGCACCAAUGCCAUGUCAUUCUCUUCACUUUGAUCUAAGACUUUUUAAUAAGAGAUUUUAAUACUGAAGCACUAUUUUGCUACUUUUUUUCUAAAGAUAUUUGUGACUAGUUUUGCAUUAUUAAAUGCUGAAAACAAUACCAAAAAUAUUUUCUAUAUUAUACAAUUAUCAUUAUAUGUUGAGUUUUAUAUGCAACAUAAGAUUUUGAUCUGUGGAAAUAUUAUUAUGUCAAUAAACAAUAGUCAAUGAUGAUCAAACCAAUGCUCCUCAGAAAUAAAGCAGUGACUCAUUCAAUCCCUUGUUGAUGGUCCUCACAUGAAAAUACACCUCGCACAGCAGGGCUUGGAGAAGAUCACUAUGAGUGCAUGUCAACAUG